CAGUCAGAGGAAUGAAUAUUAUAAAAUAAACGGUAUUUGGGGUCAAUCUCUAUUUGACAGCAUACAAAGUACGUAUAUAACUGAUUUAUAUCGAUGUACGGCAGGCCGCAGUCGAUUGCGGCCGUACGGUACCCCUGAAGAUCUGCGUUGGCGAACAAACAAAAUUAGUUCUCAAAGUUGAUCCUGAGUAAAUAACUGAUAGAAGCCAGAUGAGCUAUAAACCAACUUCGUUUGUCUGCGAUUCGACGUCGCAGUUGGUAGAAGGCUGCACUCUAUCUGUUCGUAUGCAAAAGACAGGCUUGUGGAAAAGGGCCGAAAUUUUGAGCAUCAAAACAGAGGGGGGCAAGCGUCAGUACUAUGUGCACUUCUUGGAUUUUAACAAGCGUCUGGAUGACUGGGUCGGGGACGAUGACCUUAAUUUGUCUUCUGUGCGAUUUCCUCGCAACCGACAUCGCCAAAGAAUGGAACUAUCUAAAGAAUCGCGAAAGAAGUUGCCCGAUGAGGAUCACACCGUCUCCGACGAGAUCACUAAAUCACAGCAAUCCCAACUGAAGCAGAAGUCGGUACAUGAAAUCAAGAACGUGCAGUGGAUUGAGCUGGGAAGGCAUCGCAUCAAGCCCUGGUACUUCUCGCCAUAUCCACAGGUAAUGUGCGCCCAGCCGUGCAUCUACUUAUGCGAGUGGUGCCUGAAGUACGUGUUGAGUGCCACAUGCCUGGGUCGCCAUUUGAUGAAGUGUAAUCUUCGCCAUCCGCCUGGCGAGGAAAUCUACCGCAAGAACACCAUAUCCUUUUUCGAGAUCGAUGGACGUCGGAGCCGGACCUACGCGCAGAAUCUCUGCCUACUGAGCAAGCUGUUCCUGGACGAAAAGACUCUGUAUAACGACAUGGAUCCCUUUCUUUUCUACAUAAUGACUGUGUUCGACUCGCGCGGCUUCCAUAUUGUGGGAUACUUUUCAAAGGAGAAGAUGAGCGGCGAGAAUAAUUUGGCGUGCGUUUUGACUCUGCCUCCGUACCAGCGGCUGGGCUAUGGCCGCCUGCUUAUCGAGUUUAGCUACGCGCUGUCAAAGUGUGAGGGGAAGACGGGCUCACCAGAGAAACCGCUCUCGGAUUUGGGACUCUUGUCGUAUCGCUCCUUCUGGGCCCAGGCCAUACUCGAUGUACUCAUCAAUCAGAAGUACAACGAUUCGGAAAAUAAGAUUACCAUUUCCAUCAAUGAUAUCUCUGAAAAAACUGCCAUCAGCCCAGAGGAUGUGGCUUCCACGCUGAAGCAUCUGAACAUUAUCAUGUACUAUAAAAGCCGAUACAUUGUCUGCGUCAAAGGCGAUAUGGUUAAGAAUCAUCUGAAAACCAAGACUAAGCCUCAGUUUCGUAUUGAUGCCGACUGCCUGCGCUGGGUGCCCAAGGAAUGGAACGGUACACUAGGAAAAGCCACUAGACAUUAAACAAAACGUAUCAAUAAGCAGGAGUAUAACUCAUCUUAUUUUCCGACUGUGGAACAGAGAAAAGUUUGAAUCGACAACCUAGAAUUAAA